AGUUCGUCGCUUAGCGACCGUACCGAGCAUAGCAGUCUUUCGAUUUCGAUUUCAACUUUCGGUGCACGACAGCAAGCGGAACGGAUUGGGAUCGCAGGUGCAAGCAGAUUACAACGCUGCGGCAACCUGGGAACCAGGAAACCAGACAAGAUGAAGGUUUCGCUGUACAUUAUUUUAAUCUCGAUACUGCUGAGCAAGCAUUACGCGCUGUCGCACAUGAUCAGGAAACGUCAGCUUUUCCGCGAACAGGUAUUGCCACACGCCGGUGGCAAAAUACCGGAUUCAGCCUUCCUGACCGAUCGCCUCGCGCUCAACCGGCUGCAGAAGGAUGGCAUCGCGGUACCGGAUGGGGUGCUGCUGGAGCAGCGCCAGUAUCAGGUCCAUCCGCACCCGCAACGCACCGCACGGCCCACGUAUCGGGUGGUGCAAACGCCGGACAACCGGUACACCUCGCCCGAGGGCGAGUACAGCCAUAAUGCGCUCGCAACCGUCGAUACCACCUAUCUGAUCCCGCACGGAGGCGACAGAUUGUUGCUCCACGAUUACUAUCCCCACCAGCAACAGCAUCAGCAUCAUGCGGUGCGAAGACCAGUGUCACCGCCAUCAGCGGCCUACAGAGUGGCCGACAGCCUACCCAAAGUGCCGAUCCUGAAGGAGCUGCGCCUUCCCAACUACGCGCUGUUCAAUUUCGAUUACAACGCUCACAAAAAGAAGAAGCCGCCAGUGGUCCCGCUGGUCGGCCACUAUCCGGUGGCCAGCAAACACCCGGAACCGUGGUCCCAACGGUUAGCACAAGACUUUGUGAGCUACCAUGCAGCUGUGGGUAAUGGGUUGAAUUACCAGCCAGCUUCUACGUACGGUAGCGGCAGCAACAGCAACGGUUGGUCGGGUGUCACUGGAGGUGGCUGGAAGCCGAGUGGCGCAAGUGCUAUCAGCGGAUCGCUUUUACAGCACCAGCCAUCAUUCGGCAGUUUCGAGGACUUUUACAGUCAGCUGCAGGAUGGUAAGCACCGUUUCUAUCGAAACACGCCGGAGGGAACGGUGCGGAAGCCCGGCAACGAAGCGGCCCCAAAACCGAGCAUCAAGCCGGAACCACUCACCCACCUGCAGCAGCAGCAGCAGCAACAUCGUCGUCAACGUGGCCAUCACUAGGGCGCGCUAUCAAGCUUAAAAUUGACUUCCUGAGCGCGAUACUCCUGGACGGUUGUUCAUUUGCUCUUCCAUUUCACAGUAAAUUAGGCAUACCGGGAUCGGCCGGCCACUCCGAGUAGGGUGAGAAAAGGUGUCCGGCCGGUCCGGUCUGGUGGCAGGGAAGUUCAAAAGGAUGCCGACCCUGGGCGCUCACGGACAGUCGGCUGGUGGUGUGAGUUUGAUAGAGAUUAAUAGAGUGAUUGACGGGAUCAAACGACGCUCAAGUACGGCCGCGGCCAACGUACGACGCACGGUGACGUCGUCUCUUUCUCUCUCCCCAUCGUCCAACCUGCGGACCACAGAGUCCCCGGAGUUAAAGCG